CGGAUACAAGCCACCUCUACCCACGGUGAUUCUGACAAACACCCGCACUCUGCCCAAGCAACUCACGGAGCUACAGACUGCAGUGAGCAUCACAGAGCAACAACACAGUGUCCGUAGUCACCACGUCACCGAGCUUCAGGAACUUCAGAUCUACUUCUCUGGACCUCGUUCUGGGUUGACCAGGACUUUAAAAACACAGAAAACUCACAAGGUGCUCCAUCCUCAACUCCUGGGAAGCCGUUAACAUGGCAACGAACACAUCAUCCAAGUUUGACAACAUCACCUGCAAAGUUCUGAUCCAAUCAGGAUCUCCUGCUCUCUACCAGCUGAAACCAAAGGAAGAUAACAUUGGAACUCUGACAAGAAUGACUCUUGGUGAAAAAAAUCCAAACAAGAUAAAUAAAACCAUCUUACUUGUUGGUGAAACAGGAGCAGGAAAAUCUACUCUGAUCAACGCUCUGGUCAACUAUGCCAUGGGAGUGAAGUGGGCGGAUGAUGUCUGGUUUAAGAUCGUAGAAGAGGAGAGAAGUCAAUCAGAAAGUCAGAGAGUAAGUCAGACAGUAAGUCAGACAUCAGAUGUGAUCGUGUACCAGAUCUUUGGUUUUGAAGGUAAACCUCUGCCCUACUCUCUGACCAUUAUCGAUACUCCUGGAUACGGAGACACCAGAGGGUUCGAACAUGAUGACAUCAUCAGUCAAAGAUUAUUAGACUUGUUCCUCUCAGAAGAUGGAGUUCAUGAGAUUGAUGCAGUGGGUCUGGUGAUGAAAGGGAGUGAGAAUCGACUGAGUGACCGACUGAGGUACAUCUUUGAUUCAGUGAUCUCUCCGUUUGGAAAAGACAUGGAGAAGAACAUUGUUGCCCUCAUCUCACACUCAGAUGGUGUGACAGCUGAAAAUGUUCUGGAAGCUCUCAAGGAGGCAAACAUUAAAUGUGCCAAAGAUAAAGAUGGUGAUACUGUUCAUUUUAUGUUCAACAACCACCAGAAAACACAGAAAACAAAUAAAAAUAAUGUUGCUCUAAAAGGUGCAUGGGACUUUACAAUGUACCAAAUAAGUCAAUUUGCUGAUUUCCUGACCAAACAAUCCCCUCAAAGCCUGAUGACAACUAUUGAAGUUAUGAAAUACCAAACCAGACUGACAGCCUGCAUCAACAACCUGCAGGACAGAAUCAAGUUGAUUGAUCUAAAACAGACAGAAAUCCAACAGAAUCAGGAAGCUCUGAAGAAACAUGAAGAAGAGAUGAAGAACAAUGAGAUGUUCACUGUAGAAGUUGAUGAAGUCUACAAAGCUAAACAAAAAGUCAACAGAGAGAGGAGGUUGUGGGCACUUGGGUUAAAUUAUGGAGGAGCUGUCUGCUGUACUGUCUGUGAGGAGACCUGUCACUACCCAUGCACACUGGCCUGGUAUCCAAAACACUGUGAGGUCAUAGAAGAUGGGUACUGCACUGUCUGUACCAGGGGGUGUCCUGCAUCAGUUCAUGUGAAGGAAGAACAAUGCAUUGACUGUGAGGGUGAGUGUUCAGAUGAAUCAAGUCAUGUCAAAACCCCCUGGAUCUAUGUGACCAAGACAAGGAAAGUUCAGAAGACCCUGAAAGAAAUGAAGGAGAAGUAUGAAAAGAUCAAAGCAGGAGGGGAGGACAAGUCAAGCCUUUUUGAAACUCUUGAGAAGAACUUGGAAGAACUUCAUAAAGAAAAAGAUCGGUUGUUGGAGGAGUCCUUUCAGCAUGUUGUCAAACUGAAGCAGAUCGCCCUGAAUGUUAAUUCACUGUCCACUCAUGUCCACUUGGACUUCCUGAUUGAGAAGAUGAAGGAGAAAGGAGACACAGAGAAGAAGAAGAAACUGGAAGAGAUGCAAAGUCAAAUGGAUAAAGAUAAAGGAAUGAAGGCAGCAAUGCACUACGGGUUUGGUAAACUAAGAGAAGCAGUUGGUGUUGGUAAGAAGUAACCUAGUGAUGAUGUAGAUGAACAGAAUCACUGAGAGCAGACAGCUGUGUAGAAAACAAGGUAUAUACUGGUGAUCAAAUGUUUCAUUAUAAUUCUUAUAAUUAAUCUAUUAAAGAGCCCUACGAUGUCGUCGGCGACGUCACACGCGACCUCCGAUUAAUAUUUAUAUAAUUUCGGAACGAUUUAUUGUUGCUGCUUACCGUUUUUUCCUGCUAAUAGCCAAGGAGCUAGCCAUCACGGGGUGUCUUUGGUGUCUUUGUAGCCUUUCCAGAAGGUUUUCUAUCCAGCCUGCAACUUGUGCGUCUUUUCGGAGUAGUUCAGCAAUAAAUCCAAACGCUUACAUCCAAGAUUUAUUCACUCGAUGUCCAUAAUUUAUUACGUUUUCGGUAAUUUCUGCCGCUAGCUCUGUCCGAGUGAGAACAAACAGUAAAGUGAAAAAGAGAGAUAAUGGCGUCACUGUUUAGAUAUUUGGGAUACA